UUAGUAUUCAAUUUAUUAACAUAUAAAUUAGACGUAGAAUAUUGCAACCUGCCGAUUAUAAAUUAUGGAAGGUUUCCUUGAAGAAGAAUUAAUUAAUUUAAUUGUCAGCGAAGGAGCGUUUGGGAAAAAUUGUAAUUUAAUAUCAUUCAAAUUAUAUAAUUGUAUGACUGGUAUGAAAGAAUGGUGGUACCGAAGAAUAUUUUGUAACAUUAUAACUUCCGAUGGAUUACACUAUAGCAUAAUGAUCAAGUUAAAAAUUCAAGAUUUGGUACUGCGUGAAUGUUUUGGAUGUGAUUUUAUGUUUGAUAAUGAAUUAAUUUUUUACGAAAAGAUCGUACCGUUCCUAUUGGAGUGUCGGGGACCAACAGUUAAUGAUGCGCAUGCACUAUUUUUACCACGUUUUUUUUAUGGUCGUAAUAAAUGUAGUAAAUUGAUGUCAAAUGAUUUAAUUGUUAUUGAAAACGUUAUUACAUUAGGAUUUUGUUUGAGUAAUGACAAAGUGUUCUUGGACUACGAACAUCUGACAAUCGCACUCCAGACAAUUGCAAAGUUUCAUGGACUUUCGUAUACCGCCAAACACAAAGAUCCUGGUAGAAUGUAUGAUGUCGUAAAAAACCUGCACAACGUGCAGAUCGACGAAAACGGCCACUGGAUGUCUCAGCACGACGUCUUUAAAAAGUGCGGCAAACGAGGAGUGGACCGGCUGUUGGAACGGGACGGAGACAGGUACCGAGACCGAGUGCACGUGCGCCGCUUGAACAAGCUGUUAGACGACUCCGAGAACACGUUAAUGCGGACCUUAAGUGGCCGAGAACCGCUGUCCGUCAUAUGUCACGGCGAUUUGCAUCGCGAAACGUUGAUGUUCCAGUACGACGAGCACGGACGUCCGUUCGACGCACUGCCCGUAGACUUUUUUACGCUGCAUUACGGGUCACCUGCGUUGGACGUGGCGUCGUUCCUGUACAUGUCCACCACGCAGCAGAUGCGCCUAGUGCACUGGGACGACUUGAUGGACACUUACUGUGCCGCACUGUCCGCUUCCGUCCCGCCCGGCGUUCGCGUCCCCGGUCGCGCCGAAAUGGACGCCGAGAUGGCCGCGACCGCCGUCAACGCGUUCGCCAAAGCGAUGGUUGGCCUGCCGUUUUUGUUGCGUACCAGAAGCGAUGAACUGGACUCGUUGGUGACGAGUGACGAUCCGGUGGACUACUUUCUCGCGUUGGGCGGCGACAAGGCGACCGAAUGCUUAGCCGACAUUGUGCAGCAUUUAGUCGACAUGGGCUACACGGACGUUGGCCGUGACUCGCACUCUGAUCCAGUUAAGAAUUUGAUUUCAUAACACAGUUCGUCCACACAGGUAUAGCUGAUGAUCUAAUUCGAGAGUUACACAAUUAUUAGACAAUAAACAUGUGAAUAUAUGUUGUUGAUU